CCGCCGGAGGUGGCAGUGGACUCGGGGGGAACCCAGAUCAGCGUGCGAGUCUCGGCGGAAGAGCUUAAGGAGGGGAGAGGAUCCACGGAGGUCCGUGGCUCUGAGGUUGCGAUGCCUUUGCCGCCAGGCCCGGGGGACUGCGGUGGUCGGGCAUUCAGGCUCUGUGGAGAUCGUGAGGAAUCGCUGACACUGGAGGAUGUGGCCGUGGACUUCACGUGGGAGGAGUGGCAGCUCCUGGCCCCCGCCCAGAAGGACCUGUACUGGAAUGUGAUGCUGGAGAACUACAGGAACCUGGUGUCACUGGGGUAUCAAGCUCACCAACCAGAUUCACUCUGAUUGGAACAAGAAGAACCACCAUGGAUUUUCAAAGAUGAAGUCCAAAGUCAAACCCAUCCAGAAAUUGAGAGAGUUGACGAUCAUCUGCCUCAGCACUUAGAAAAUCUCAAAAUGCCGAAGAGGAUGGAACAGUGUUAUGAACUGAACACAUGUGGAAAGACUGUUCAUCAGAGCAAAAGUCAUUUUCCUUUCAGGCCAAAUCAUGAUAGGUUUCACUUACGUGGAAAAACUUUGAAGCCACACUUAAUCAACCGAAGUAGAAGCUGUGACAAAGAGCCUGCUGAGUCUGGUGGAGACGGGAGAUCCUUUCUCAGUGCUAAUCACAAGCAAACUCACACUGAAAUUCAAUUCCAUGAAAGUAGAAGGCCCACCAGCACUAAGUCACAAUUCCUUAAACAUCAGCAAAUACACAAAAUAGAGACGGCCCACGAAUGUCCUGAAUGUGGGAAAGCCUUCCUCAAGAAGUCUCGGCUCACAGAACAUAAGAGAAUUCAUACAGGAAAAAAACCCCAUGGGUGUAGUGUAUGUGGGAGAACCUUCUCCAAGAAGUUCAAGCUCACUGAACAUCAGCGAAUUCACAAAGGAGAGAAACCCUAUGAGUGCUGUGAGUGUGGGAAAGCCUUCCUCAGGAAAUUUCAGCUUACUGAACAUCAGAAGACUCAUACAGGAAAUAAACCCCAUGGCUGCGGUAUAUGUGGGAAAGCAUUCUCCAGAAAGUUCAAGCUGACUGAACACCAGAGAACUCACACAGGAGAGAAACCUUAUGGAUGUACUGAAUGUGGCAAAGCCUUCUGCAGGAAGGCAGAACUCAUUAUACAUCAGAGAAAUGAAAGAGGAGAAAGGCCCCAUCAGUGCAGUGAAUGUGGAAAAGGUUUCGCCAGAAAAUCACAACUCAUUCUACAUCAGAAAACUCAUACAGGAGAGAAAUCUUAUAUAUGCAGUGAAUGUGGAAAAGGUUUCAUUCAGAAGGGCAAUCUCCUUAUACAUCAACGAACUCAUACUGGAGAGAAACCCUAUGGAUGCAUUGAAUGUGGUAAGGCCUUCAGCCAGAAGGCGUGCCUGAUAGCACAUCAGCGAUUUCAUACAGGAAAGACUCCCUUCGUAUGUACUGAAUGUGGAAAAUCUUGUUCACAGAAAUCAGGACUCAUUAAACAUCAGAGAAUUCACACAGGAGAGAAACCCUAUAAAUGCAGUGACUGUGGGAAAGCCUUCACUACAAAGACAAUGCUCACUGUCCAUCAAAGAACUCAUACAGGAGAGAGACCCUAUGGAUGCAAUGAAUGUGGGAAAGCUUUCUCCCACAUGUCAUGCCUUGUUAAACAUAAGAGGAUACACACAAGAGAGAAACAUGUAGAUUCAGUGAAGGUUGAAUAUUCUUCCACAGAGGGUCACAGCUUAUUAGAUACUAGUGAAUUCAUGCAGGGGAAAAGCCCUGUUAAUACAGUGACUGCACAGAUGCCUUCCGCGAUCCCUCAGACCUCAUUAAACAUCAGUGGGCUCCUCGCAGAUAGGAAUGCAGUCCUAGUGGGACAGCCAGCUGCCAGAUGUGCACCCUCAGGAAAUAAUGGAGAAUUUGUACAGGAGAGAAACCUUAUGAAUGCAGCGAAUGUGGUUGUGCCUUCAGUGGUCAAUUACAUCUUAUUUUAUGUCACGAAAAACACAUAGAAAAAAACUGGUACAUUCAAUUAGGAAAAGCCUUGAGCAAUAAUGUCUUGCUGAUAAUAUGGUUAUACACAAACAAAACCCAUGAGUGCAGAGGCUAGUUUUAGAAGAUCGACUCUGUCUGUCAUCAGUGAUCAACAUAGCUCAUCAGGGAGCUUAUAGUGAGUAGAGACAUGGCAAUAGUGGGAAAGUCCCUACCCUUAAUAUGCGUCAGUUCAUACUGAGGAGAAACAGGAGGCAAUGAACGUGGGGCACCUAGGUGGCUCAGGUCAUGAUCUCAUGGUUCGUGAGCUCAAGCCCCAUGUCGGGCUCUGCGCUGACAGCUCAG